GCACAAAAGAUUUGUUUUCCGCUGAUUCAGGCAAAGACUGCACAACCCACCUAAAAACACAUGUAUAAAAAUGAGAAGCACACGCUGCUUGUCCCAAACCUUCUCUCGUCUACCAUCUCUACCAUUCCUUGUCCUCUGCUUCAAGAACAGCGUGACCAUGGCAGUUUGGAUCCAGGCUGGUGCUCUGUUGUUCCUUUUGGCCGUCUCCAGUGUGAACGCUAACGCAGGGGCCCCGCAGCACCUGUGUGGAUCUCAUCUGGUCGAUGCCCUCUACCUGGUCUGUGGUCCAACAGGUUUCUUCUAUAACCCCAAGAGAGAUGUUGACCCUCUUCUGGGUUUCCUUCCUCCAAAAUCUGCCCAGGAAACUGAGGUGGCUGACUUUGCAUUUAAAGAUCAUGCCGAGGUGAUAAGGAAGAGAGGCAUUGUAGAGCAAUGUUGCCACAAACCCUGCAGUAUCUUUGAGCUGCAGAAUUACUGUAACUAAAAGAACAUGUCCUGUGACAACCGCCAAUGACUUCUCCACCUGUUUGCACACAGGUAUCAGCCAUAAUGCUCUUGAUUUGUUUUUCAUAGAAAAUUAAAUUUUAUCAAAUGAA